CGCCAGAGGGGGCAGCGGCAGAGAACUUGCUCAACUCCGCACCGCCUUCUCCAGCCUCCUCCCCGUCCGCCCCGCCCCGGCCGGCCAAGGACCGCAGAACCGCGCGUUCGCAGACUCGCCGAGCCCCCGCCGCGGGGAUGGGCGCGCUGCUUCGAGCACUCUUGCUCCCACUGCUGGCGCAGUGGCUCUUGCGCGCGGUCCCCGCGCUGGCCGCGGCGCCCUUCACGCUUCCCCUCCAAGUGGCCGGGGCCACGAACCACAGAGCCUCAACUGUUCCCGGGCUCGGGACCCCCGAGUUGCCCCGGGCUGAUGGCCUGGCCCUCGCAUUGGAGCCUGCCAGGGCUACCGCCAACUUCUUGGCUAUGGUGGACAAUCUUCAGGGGGACUCUGGCCGCGGCUACUACCUGGAGAUGCUGAUUGGGACCCCUCCGCAGAAGGUACGGAUUCUUGUGGACACCGGAAGCAGUAACUUCGCAGUGGCAGGUGCCCCACACUCCUACAUAGACACCUACUUUGACUCAGAGAGCUCCAGCACGUACCACUCCAAGGGCUUUGAGGUCACGGUGAAGUACACACAGGGAAGCUGGACUGGAUUUGUUGGUGAGGACCUUGUCACCAUCCCAAAAGGCUUCAACAGCUCUUUCUUGGUCAAUAUUGCCACUAUUUUCGAGUCUGAGAAUUUCUUUUUGCCUGGGAUUAAGUGGAAUGGAAUCCUUGGACUCGCUUAUGCUGCCUUGGCCAAGCCAUCAAGCUCUCUGGAGACUUUUUUUGAUUCCCUGGUGGCCCAAGCAAAAAUUCCGGACAUUUUCUCCAUGCAGAUGUGCGGGGCUGGAUUGCCAGUAGCUGGAUCUGGUACCAACGGAGGUAGUCUUGUCCUGGGUGGGAUUGAACCAAGUUUGUAUAAAGGAGAUAUCUGGUAUACCCCAAUUAAAGAGGAAUGGUACUAUCAAAUAGAGAUCUUGAAAUUGGAAAUUGGAGGCCAGAGCCUCAACCUGGACUGCAGAGAGUAUAACGCAGACAAGGCCAUUGUGGACAGCGGCACCACACUCCUGCGCCUGCCCCAGAAGGUGUUUGAUGCAGUGGUGGAAGCCGUGGCACGCACUUCUCUGAUUCCAGAGUUUUCUGAUGGCUUCUGGACCGGGGCCCAGCUGGCAUGCUGGACAAAUUCUGAAACUCCAUGGGCGUAUUUCCCUAAGAUUUCUAUCUACCUGAGGGAUGAGAACGCCAGUCGCUCCUUCCGAAUCACCAUUCUGCCGCAGCUCUACAUUCAGCCCAUGAUGGGAGCUGGUUUCAAUUAUGAGUGCUACCGUUUUGGUAUCUCCUCUUCCACAAAUGCGCUGGUGAUUGGCGCCACCGUGAUGGAGGGAUUCUACGUGGUCUUUGACAGAGCUCAGAGGAGGGUGGGCUUUGCAGUGAGUCCCUGUGCAGAGAUCGCAGGUACCACAGUGUCUGAAAUUUCUGGGCCCUUUUCCACGGAAGACAUAGCCAGCAACUGUGUUCCAGCACAGGCUCUGAAUGAGCCCAUCUUGUGGAUUGUGUCCUAUGCCCUGAUGAGUGUGUGCGGAGCCAUUCUCCUGGUUCUGAUCCUCCUGCUGCUGCUCCCGCUGCACUGCCGACACGCCCCCCGAGACCCUGAGGUGGUUAACGAUGAAUCCUCACUAGUCAGACAUCGCUGGAAAUGAAGAGUCUCAUCUGAACUCCAGCAGCCUUGAACUCAGCUCUCCUAAGAGAGAUGUCUCCAAUUGGCUUCUCUGUCUGUUAGUCUGGAACCUCGGCCGGGCAUCUGAAGGCCUUCCAGACUCACUGUAUCUUGAUCACUCUUGAUUUCCAAGUUUUCAGGUCUUUUCUACUUCAGAGAGAAAUGAUAAUAAAAAACACCUCAUUGUGAACCAAAA